AACCCAUGUUAAAUCUCAAAACAUGUUAUAGUUCCUUUCCUUCAAGAAUGAAAAUGGCGGUGUUAUCAUCUUCUUCUUCUUCUUCUUCUCCUACACUGCUUCCACCUCGUCCUUCAAUUUCUCAACCAAAACGCUACCCUAUCCACACCCUCAAACCCCACACUCGUUCUCGCCACACCCUCUCCGCCGCCGCACCCGCCCCCUCACUCUUCUCCACCACCAGCACCAGAGAAGGUCUUGACACUGUCAACAUUGCCGAAGAUGUCACCCAGUUGAUUGGGAAUACACCAAUGGUGUACCUUAACAAAGUUACAGAAGGUUGUGUGGCUAAUAUUGCUGCAAAACUUGAGUCCAUGGAGCCUUGUAGAAGUGUCAAGGACAGAAUUGGGUAUAGCAUGUUAGCUGAUGCUGAAGAGAGUGGAGCAAUAUCCCCAGGGAAGACUACUUUAGUUGAACCAACAACUGGAAAUACAGGACUUGGCAUUGCUUUUGUCGCUGCAAUGAAGGGAUACAAACUUAUAGUCACAAUGCCUGCUUCCAUAAAUAUUGAGAGGAGAAUACUUUUACGUUCAUUUGGUGCCGAGGUUGUUCUGACUGAUGCAGAGAAAGGACUGAAAGGGGCAGUUGACAAAGCUGAAGAAAUUCUUCACAGAACACCCAAUGCUUACAUGUUUCGACAGUUCGAUAACAUGAAUAACACAAAGAUCCACUUCGAAACUACAGGGCCAGAGAUAUGGGACGAUACCAUGGGUAAUGUUGAUGUAUUGGUUGCUGGGAUUGGAACUGGUGGUACUGUUACUGGCACUGGACGUUAUCUGAAGAUGAUGAACAAAAGAAUAAAGGUGGUUGGGGUUGAACCUGCAGACAGAAGUAUAAUAUCAGGAGACAAUGCGGGAUUCAUACCAAGCAUUUUGGAUAUCGAACUGCUUGAUGAAGUCAUCAAGGUUACCAGUGGUGAGGCAAUUGACAUGGCGAGGAGAUUAGCAUUAGAAGAAGGUUUAUUGGUUGGGAUUUCGUCAGGAGCUGCAGCAGCUGCUGCCCUAAGUUUAGCAAGACGGCCUGAGAAUUCUGGAAAACUUAUUGUGGUUAUUUUUCCUAGUUUUGGUGAGAGGUAUAUUUCCACUCCCCUCUUCAAUUCUAUCUAUGAAGAGGUUCAGAAAAUGUAACAAAUAGAUUCUCCCUUUACACAUUGCCUUUGGAUUUUGGAGCUGCUUCAUGGCACCAUUCAAGAAAGUAGCUGCCUUAUGCUUUGAAUAGAUGCACCCAUUUGGACAAGGCACUGCUCUAGGAGUUGAGGCCAGAUAGAUGCAAAAGGGUACUAACUUGCACUUUAUGUACAAUGUAGUUUUUCAUUUUUACAGUAUUCCACAGUCAUCAAUGAUGAACAGUAUUCCAGUAUUUUACAGGAAUGUUGACACUUUUUUUUCAAUUACUAUUUUCCUACAAUGUAUCAUAUAUGAUAUAUAUUGAAGCAUAUUACAGAUCGACGAUAGUAUAGCUGAGGAUGGUUUUUAAGUUGUAAUACCAAUGUUUGUUCAGAAGAAUUGGUACUUGCUACCUGUUAAAUAUUGCAUAUCUUAAAAUAGCAUAGAGCUAAAUUUCAAAGUUA